AUGGUAAGUUGGAUUACAAUAUUAAUUUUGGGUUUUUAUACUUAUUUUAGAAAUUUUUAAAAUUAAAAAAAAAAUUUUUUGUUUUUUUUAAACUUCGCACGGUGCAACCGAUUUUGGUUUAAAAAACUGAUUUUUAGGUAAGAAAGCGCAGUUUUUAUUAAAAUUGAACAAAUUUUUAGUAUAAAAAAGACAUUCCUAGCCAAGUUGAACAUGGAAACAAAGUUAUUGCGGGUUAUAACUUUUUUUUAAUUUCAUGCUAUUUUGGCUCAAAAAAGUGAAUUUUGGGUAAAAAAUGGCCAUUGUUUUAAAAUUUGAACAGAUUUUUAUAUAAAAAUAAAAUUCAAAAUUGUAAAGAAGGUUCUUGCUAUUUGUCUUGCUUUUUAUUCAAUUUUUAAGUUCGGGUGUUUUGCAGGCUGCGCAUGACAGGUUAUACGAAGGAUUUUAAAAGUUGGUAUUUUUUGCUUUGUCAAAAAAGUUCUUACUAUUUUCUGAUUUGUAAAGAAAGUUUUUGCCAUUUUUUGUUUUGUAAAGGAAGUUCUUGCCAUUUUUUGUUUUGUAAAAAAAGUUCUUACUAUUUUUCAAAAAUGAAAAAAUUUUAAUUAAACUAUUUUUUAAAAAUUUUUAUUUCAGAGUCAAAAAUCUCGAUUAAAAGAAGAUGACUACCCAAUAUCAGGCUUGGAGCUGUACUUUUACUUUGCUGUUUGGAUUGUACAUUCUUUCAUUUCUAUAAUAUUAGCAUACCAGUCGUCGUCUCAAGUUGGUUUAUGGUUCAAUAGUGCAUUGAGGGAAAGUCCGUAAGUGGAAAGAAAGUUUUUGCCUGUUUAUGUUUUGUAAAGAAAGUUCUUGUCAUUUUCGCUUUGUAAAGAAAAUUUCUGUAAUUUUUUUCUUUGUAAAGGAAGUCUUUGAUUUUAAAUAGUUUUUUUGGAAAAUUUGGGUCAUUCGAGCUAAAAAGAACUAAUUUCGAAGUUAUGCAGAUAGGUGACAAAUUAUACGAUAAAUUAAAUUUGCACCUUCUAAUAGAUAUUCUUUUUGUCACUGCAAAACUUAUGGCUUGUUUUAGGUAACAAAUGCUAUUACACCUUUUAGUAUAGGUCUAUAUCAAGCUACUGAGACUAUUUUUUUACUGAUGGUUUCAAAAAUAAUGGUAAACUGAAUUUUUGAAAAAUGACUGCACUGUGCAACGAAUUUUCUUAUUUGCACUGCAAUUUUAAGAUUAUUUUAACUAACAAAUGCUACUAUAAUUUUUAGUAUAGGUUUAUAUAAAGCAAUUAAAACUGGUUUUAUUGCACUAUUGCAUCGUGCAGUAAUAUAAUUUCUUUGCACCGUGCAAUAAUUUUUCUUUUUGUUGCUAUGCUGUUUCUAAAUUAUGUUAGGUAACAAAUGCUAUUUUAAUUUUUAGUAUGGGGCUAUAUAAAGCUACUAAAACUAUUUUUACUUUGAUUGCUUUAUAAAUAAUGGCACAGUGAAUUUUUGAUAAAUGACUGCACGGUGCAAGCUAAAAAGAUUAUUGCACCGUGCAAAAAAAAAUUUUUUCUGAGUUUUCAAGGAAGUUUUCGCGAUUUUUGUGGUUUGUAAAAUACGUUCUGUAAUUUACUUGCCAAAAAACAUUAAUUUUUUAAAAAUUUAGCUACCGUUACCUUGGAGUCAGUGCCAUAGUAGACGAUUCAGAUACAGAAUGGUUGUUAUUUCGCGUAUCUCUGCCAAAUUACAUUAUAAUCUACACUCUUCAUUCUCUCAUCUUCUCACUGGUCAAAAGUCGACUGUCCCAAAAGCAUCAACCUUUCAUUUUGGUACCGUUAUGGAUGGUGCUGAUGGUGCAAGGUCAUUCUUGGCCUUGUUUUUGGAUCUGUCUUACUUUGGCAGUUAUCACAACAUUAAUUGUGGGUUACUGUCGAAAUGAGUUGAUGGCGUGGGUAAUAUGUGUAGUAUUCGUACUCAAUUCAGGACCACAGUACAUACCGUACUCGAUGGAUCCGGGUGUGUAUUAUCGAGAAUAUCAAAUGUACGUUUACACGGCUGUUAAGGUAAGUUAUGGGUUUCUACUGUGGUUAUUGUACUAUUCACCUUACUAUUCUUAAGCCUACUAAGCUUAAGACUACUAAGCCUAAGCCUGCUAAGCCUAAGACUACUAGGCCUAAACCUCCUAAGUCUAAGCUUAUUAAGCCUAAGCUUGCUAAGCCUAAGCCUGCUAGGCCUAAGCUUACUAAGCCUCCUAAGCCUGAGACUACUAAGCCUAAGACUGCUAAGCAUAAGCCUGCUAAGCCUAUGACUACUAAGCUUAAGUCUACUAAGCCUACUAAGCCUAAUCCUUCUAAGCCUACUUAGACUAAGCCUACUAAGCCUUAGCUUACCAAGCCUAAGCCUACUAAACCAGCCUACAAAACUUAAGCUUACUAAGUCUAAGCUAAAUUCAACGAUGUAUGCGACAAUACUUUUCUGACCCACUGGUAAUGUAUCGUACUCUACAGCACUAUUAUUUUCAGAUCCUCAACUUUAACAUAUACCUAUGUCGCAACAAGAACAUCAACAUAACUCCAACCCUAUUAACCUUAUUCACCGAAUACUUACUAUAUCCACCGUUCUGUUCCACUUUGAUCGUGCUUUUCGACGAUUUCCAAAAACAACGUUACAAUGAAAAGAAGUUCAACAUCAAAACUACAGUAUGCUUAGCGAUGAGACUUGUCUUUUGGUUCAGUAUAAUUGAAAUGGCACUUCAUUUCUUGAGAUUCAACGCUUUCUUCAAUGCUCCGUUCACUACCAUGAAGCAUCUGCAUAACUAUAAAGGUGGGUGAGGUAUGGCAGGGUAGGAGAUAGAACGGAGUAGGGGGAGAGUUGAGUUAGGUAGGGUAGAGUAGAGCAAACAAAGCUUAAAAAUAAAAUUUGUUUAUAGUUUUCAAAACGAUUUUUUUGCACGGUGCAAUCAUUUUUCAAAAAUUCAUUGUGCCAUUCUUUUUAGAGUAAGCAAUUUAGAAAUGGUUUGGAUAGCUUUGUAUCAGUACUUAGUAAAUGUUAUAGUAGCAUUUGGCAUUUAAUAUACGUUUAAAAUGGCACAGAACAAAAAAGAAAAUUUGUUGCACGGUGCAGUCAUUUUUCAAAAAUUUAUUUUGCCAUUAUUUUUAAAGGAUUCAAAGUAAAAAUAGGUUUAAAAGUUUUGUAUUGGUGCAUAGUGAAUGUAAAAAUAGUAUUUGUUACCUAAAAUAAGUAAAAAAUGGCGCAGUGUUAAAAACAAACAUUGUUGCACGGUGCAAAAAUAUAAUAAGUAUGCAUUGUGCAAUGAUAAGUAUAGGUUUGAAAGGUUUUACUUUUUUAUGUUUUGUAAAGGAAGUUUUUGUCAUUUUUGAUUUGUAAAAUACGUUUUUUCGUGCCGUGUUUUGUAAAAAAAAUUGUUGCCAUUUUAUGCUUUGUAAACAAGGUUUCUUCUCUUUUCAGUGGUCUCCAUUGCCUACUUGGCAGGUCAAUACUUCCACACCAAAUACGUGGUCAUUUUUGGCGUCGCACGUUUGUACGCUCACAUCGAUGGAAUCACACCUCCAAAAUCUGCCAUUUGUAUAUCGAGGGUGACCAAGUACUCGAGAAUGUGGCGUUAUUUCGACCGAGGACUGUACCAAUUCCUGAAACAUCAACUUUACAUACCAUUCCUGGGUAGUGGCAGUGGAAAGUUGCUCAUGUUGCGGAGAUUUGUCGCCAUGGUUGCGGUUUUUGGAUUCGUUUUGUGUUGGCAUGGAUUGAAUGCUAACUAUGGAUAUUGGGUAAGGUUUUUUUGUGGUUUUAAGGCUUUAAAAUACGAAAAAAGGGGGAAAAUGUUUGAUUUUUGAUCAAUUUUAUCGAUUUUUUGGCCAAAUUUUUACGUUUUUAAAGGAUUUUUAAAAUUUCUUAAGGGUUAAAGCCAUUUUUAAACAAACCAAUUUUUCAGGUCCUCUUAUCAGCUAUAGAACUAAUCAUAGAACGCAUCGGACUAGCCUUUUAUCAAUCCAAAACUGGCACAAACCUCCGAAAACGCCUAGGAGAAGCCAAUUUCAGCCGACUUUCGGCCGUUUGCUGCAUUUCCAACGUAAUUCCAGGCAUUUUUGGAGCCUUUUUCUUCUUGGACCACAAAGAUAAUGGACUACAUAUCUUUCAAAAUGUCCUACUGAAAGGAUUCUAUCAAAUCCUAACACUAGAUGUCCAGAGGUACAAUGCUGGGUUUGUUAUGAGUCAUUUACUACUGCUGGGAUAUUGUUUUGCUCAUGUUUGUGCCUACUUGAAUGUGAAAUUGGAUCAGAAACCCAAAGUUGUGAAAAAAGAGUAA